GAGCUAGUUAAAUUAAACCAUACAGAGGUUUUCUUCUUCAGGUUUUCAUCAACCUACUAUUAUUAUUAACUAUUAUAAAAUGCAGGCGAUUAUUAAAAAUACACGCGAAAUAGCACCGUGUACCAACACGUAGGUAGGCCAUCCUGUAAUCUGAACGAGACGUUGAUAUUGAAAGGCAAAGCGUCAAUUAAACCCUUGAAGGAGAAAGACGGAGAAAGAGAAUAAUUACUCUCUAAUUUUCUCAAGUCCUCAAAGUCAGACACCCUUGAUGCAAAUGCAGACCCUCUCGUGGAUUAACUGCAGCGGAAGAGGAUCGAUGCAUGGAUUUAAGAGUAGGAAAAAGAUGGUAGUCAUGGCGACCAAAUGAUAUACUAGUCUGCCACAACUGCGCAAAGACAGACAGUCUCAUGCUAAAGCCGGCCUUGUAUUUGAUUCGUUGGAUCUGCCGGAUGCUGCGGAUGGGUCGUCGAAAGAGGAUGUGGACGAAUAGGGCGAAGAAGAGCCACAGAAGAACGUUGAUGGCCCGAUCGAUGCCUGGGCUAGCUGCUGCUAGCUAGCUGCUCUGACGUCAUUCGAACUGAAUUGUGAUUCGACGCAGCCGUCGACGACGUCGCAGUACAUUCAGUGCACUCUCUCGUCAUUUUUCUCGUCUUUUUUUUUUCUUCUUUUGGGGUGGGUUUUGUUUUGUUUGUUCCUUCACGAUCGGGAGGGAUCGGUACACACUCGUGGCUCAUUCAUCGAAGGACGCUGCAGUGUCGUCGAGAGUUUUCCUGGUGUCAACGUCCAUCGAUUCCUUCCGGCAGCAGGAGGGAAAUAAGAGCAAAACGAUUUAUCAUCAAAUCAGUUUUUGGCGAUGAGUCGUGGCCUAUUAUCCGUGAUGUGCUUAUGAUUAGGCGGGUGCCAUGGUGUUUUACUACUGUCCGUCUUUCGAGGCCGUCAAAGAGAUUUUGGACAUGGCCAUCCAUCAAAUUUGUCCCUGUACGUCUGACGACAUCUUCGACAGUGCGUGGAGGCAGUGGAUCCAGCUCAUGUUCAAAUCGCAUCGCCACACCGAAACGUCCAUCGAAUCUACGUCGCCCACUAGGCCGUUCUCCAGGAUAACUGCUGAACAGUCGUCCACAACGAGCAGUUGUUCUUGCAACACUCCGGAUACGGUCGUUAGAGUCCUCCCCAUCUGUGGCUGGGGAGCUGAAGUAUCGGUGGCCUUAACGAGCAGCGGCGUCAGCAAAGUUCAGCAUCGUCUCACUAGUUGCAAUAAUAACAAAUUGACGACUUCGUCAACUUCGGCUGGUCCCAUACUCGUCACGACGUCGCAGCCAGUCGCUCCAUUGUCAGGAACACUGGCGUCGCCGAGUGUAGGACAUCAACUGGGUAGCAGCGGUAGCAUCGCUACCAGUCCAUCAUCGAUCAUCAAAGACGACCUUAGUGAUUCAUACGUUAUUCAGGUUGAACCCAUUCGGGAUAUGGCAGCGUCACCAUCAUCGAUAUUGGGCGGAGCCGACUCGUGGGUAUCGGACGAAUCGCCGACGACGCACCGCGGACUGUUGACGGUUAGCGAGGAACGUGAUGACUGGACACGUCGCGAAUAUCAGCAAAGUGUCGACAAUUCGACCGUCGCUGGAGAUGACGACAAUAUCCCAGUCUCGACCGUCAACUCCGCACCUGCCGACGGUCGCCGGAGAAGCUUGCGCCACGCGGCGACCCACGACGACGGAUCGGCCACUUCGUCGACCGUUAGCAAACGCAGACUCGACUGGCGCAACUCUCACCGCAAUUACCGCUCUGCGCCAACGGCAGCCGCUAGCCGGGACUCGUACGCUCUCAACUACGACACGCGACGGGCUCUUCGGGAUUACCACCAGCGCAGCGUCGAGGCCGGUUCCGUGUACUCAUCUCCUCACUCCAACCGGCGAGUGUUACACAAACGCGGCGGAAGCAUGAGGGAAACAUUGACUGACGGCCUAGAUGCCUCGUCUUCUUCUUCUUCGACGGCCACUGAAAUAGCGGGAAACAGUUUACCUUCAACUAGCAUAGCCCAGCAACCGCAUUCGCGCUGUCAGAUGAUGGCCAGCCCGGCCACCAAACGCUGGCGUUGCCACACGGUCGACUGCCCUUGUUCCAAUAACGUCACAGCCUCACCCGUCAACAAGGAUCUGAUACUCUUCGAUGGCGCUUUGACUAUUCAUCGUCAUUCCUUUCCUAGUAGCGGAGAACUGUCCAGCCCAUCUUCUACAAACCGACGCCGUCAUUACCAUCAACACCGAAGCGAAGAUCAACACAAGUAUUUUGGACAAACCAAAGAAUCUUUGUACGAUGGCUACUUAAACCGAUCGGAGAGUCUAGAUUGGGAAGGAUUCGAAACGAGAGCCAAAACGGCCAGCGCUAAAAGAGACGACGCGGCAUCCGUCAUGGUCGACGUUGAUGGAACUAGCGGUCAGUUGCAGACGUCAGCUGUCGGCCCAGCCCCGCGUAUUACUAUCCGCUACAACGAUCCUGGCAGUCUUGAAAGCGUCAACGAAGAUAAUUUGUUCUUCUGCUUAGAAGCCGGAAGCAAAAAUGAAUUCCGUCAGCGUUUAGAAAAGACCAUUGAUGCCCAGUAUCGUCAAGUGUGGGAGCUAAGGGCUAACCUGGAAGAGCACAAUGAUUUUUACGAACCGUCUUCACCGGAACCAGAAACAAUCACCAAUCCAGGCUUAGCGAUAAGUGACGUGGAAUCCUUCGAUUCGAAUUCUGAAAGUUUGGUCAGUGAAGAAGAGGAGAUUCGAGCACGAAAUAAUUACGACAUGAUUGCGCCGGCUCAAGAUUUAUCGGCAGUAUGCGAAUCUAAAACACCGUCAUCAGCGUCCAUGUUGCUGGCCCCGAAUUCUAGCGGAUCGUGGAAAAGACAGUCGUAUCGAAGUGUUUCGAUGAAUUCCCGACUCCCACAUCCAAGCGGGCCAAUUAUUCCGGUGCAGAGGCCACCUCAACAUCAGCCGCAGAGCAGUUUUGAUUCGAUCGACACGAUCGAGACGUCGUCCACGGAAGCCAGCAGAAUGGAUCACGUCACGACCAGUUUCGAAAGCUCAGCAACAGACAGCACCAACGGUCUGGAAGUGACGUCCAUCCCGCCAUCAGUCAGCCAUCACAGGAUGCUGGCGCUCCGCAAUGACAGCGGUUAUCGCAGUCUGGAAUCAGCAAUCCUCCCGACGUCUGGGCUGGUUAAGACGCCAAUCAAAGGACGGACUAUGAGCCUCAGCGAAGACGAUUUGAAUGAUCCGUUCCCGCAAGAAGCGAACUGCCAGUGCAGGAGCCAAGUGCUACACGACGAAAAAUGUGAACGCUACAAGCCGAUCGUUUUCGCCCGUUGCACUCGCUACGGAAUGAAAGUUCGUUCCGCUUCGACAUCUGCCCCACAUCCAUCGGCGCCACCUAUAGGAUGGAAAAACCAACAGCGGCUUCAUCAGCACCAUUCUCAACAGUCGUUGACCAGAGAUUACAGCAUUGACGAACGGACUGAUGCUUUGUUUCGCGAGUUCAGUCGCUGCGAUCCGGUUUUCGACACCAGUGGUCCUGGUUCCAAGAACGUCGGCGGAGGAAGCCGGACAGAGCUGCGAACAACUGGAUUCGCCCACCGAAGCCGGUGGAUUAAUCAGCAUCAACGGCACGAUGCUCAGCAUCAUUACCAGCAUCGAUUUAUGUCAUCGGACGCUAGCGAUUCUCUGCUGCAACAUUGCAGCCUCAAAGAAUAACAUUUAUUUAUUACAUCUAAUAUAUAAUAGUCACUUGUUUUUUUCCCCAUGUCAAACAGAGUACUAUUCAAAUAAUCUAUUUGUUAAUUACGCUUCAUAUCAAAUUAACUAUAGCCUAUUGUAGAUCGGAAUCAAUUUUCAAUAUAUGACUUCUAUCUGCUACAAGAUCCCUCCCCCGUUUUUUCAAUGUUACACAAUUUUAUUACAAGUCAAUUUGAAAUUUUGAAAAACCACACACCUCAAAAAACUUGUCUUGACUACAAAUUUUAUUCUCAACAUUGGAAUGAUAAUAUAUCUAUGAA